UGCAAAUUGGACUCAAUUAUUGUUUUGAAAGCUCUUUUCUGUUAAUUUACACAAAAAUGUUAUAAUUUAAAAUGUAUUUUAGAAGAAGUACAACAGUGAAAUACUUCAUAGCAGCGUUGCUAGCAGCUGCUUUGUAUUGCGAGUGGUUGAUAUACCUCGUGCAGCCACUGUACUGGCAGAAUUUAGAAUGUCCAAGUCAUGAUCCCUCGUGUACUAAAAUAUUGUUCAUAGCCGAUCCUCAAAUACAGGGAGACGAGGCGGUACCACCUCCUCUUAGCUACCUUUUCAAUUGGGAUAGCGACCGAUAUCUGAAGACAACAUUCUCUGUGGUAAUGAACCACUUCAAACCAGAUGUGCUGGUAUACCUCGGUGAUUUGAUGGAUGAGGGCUCAAUAUCCACUUUACCACAGUUCCAUUCAUAUGUGAAGAGGCUUUCCAACAUAUUUGAUGUUAAUUAUCCUAUUGUACAAGUCUGGAUCCCUGGCGACAAUGAUAUAGGUGGAGAAAAUGAACCUAUAAAGAAAGAUAAAAUUGAAGAUUUUAAGAGAGUAUUCCAACAGCCAACUGUGGUAACAUUCAGAAAUAUAUCAUUUUACAAAGUUAAUGCUAUCACCUACACAUAUCCAAAGAAACCAGAGAUUGAAGAUAACAACCUUCGUAUCGGUGUAUCUCAUUAUCCUGUGACUAACAAACAUGCUUUUGUACAAAAGGUAAACAAUGAAAUCCAUCCGAACAUAUACUUCUGCGCUCAUGAUCACGAGUCGAAGUAUGUACAACAAAAGAAAGAUCUAACACAACGUUCGAGUCACCAAAUGCUAGCCGGAAAUUUUGUGCUACGUGUGCCGUUUUACGAGGACUCCUUGUAUGAAAUUUUCGUACCAACAUGUUCAUACAGAAUGGGUACAGGCAAAAUAGGAUAUGGAGUAGCAAUAAUAGAAAGCAAUAACCAAGAAAUGAAGUAUACAGUCUUGUGGUCUCCAAAAAGGUUUCCGUAUCUAUUUUUCUAUGCAGGAAUUGUAAUAGUACUGGUUCUUUACAGUUUUAUAUUCUUUAGUGCUAGACUGGCGCAUAAACGUUUAAAGUCUGUAAUUAAGUCCGAUAAAGUGCCGCUUUUGGAAAGAAUUUAGUGCCGGUAAUACAGGUGAUUAGAAAUUGUUA